UUUUCAAAGUUUCAAAAUCAUUUCUCUUAACGUUGUUUGUUUAAAGAGAAGAAAGGUUUCAAAAAUAUCAUCACGCUACCUGUAACAACCUCCAUUACAGCUUCUUUUCUUUCUUUUUUAUUUAGUUGUGUACGGCUCAGCCGGCUAUUUAUCUGUGAGUUUAAGGAGAGAGAUAAGAGUUUGAUCGGAAGUUCGUGGAGAGAAAAUGAACGUGGUGGGGAGACAGAUGACAAGAUCUAAUACCACGGCUCAUCACCACCGUCAGUACUCUGACAACUUCCUUGACUCGUCCUUCAAUGCGAAAUGGCUUCAAUCUUCAAACGUUCCUUCUUCACAGGAGUUUGGUUUAUACGGAGGAAGAAUGAGCAGAAAGUCACCGGACCCAACAACGCCUCCGCUUUCUGUGCGGUCUACCAGUCUCAGAAGGACUGGCGAUGACUACAUGUCGCAUGGUGAGCUCAGCCCUGGCCUGCUGGAUCUGCAUUCCUUUGAUACCGAGCUUUUACCUGAGAUGCCAGCUACCCGAGUACAUGAAUACUCCUUCCAUCAGACAGUUUAUGAUAAAAGUUUUGAUGACUCUGAACCAAACUUCUCUACAAACAAGCUUGCAAAUAGAUCACGAGGUGUUCCGGAGAGUAGCCUUCUUAAAAGUUUCUCAGCAGAUAAAGAAAGAUCCAACAAUGUUGCAAAGAUCAAAGUUGUGGUGAGGAAGAGACCCUUGAAUAAGAAGGAAAUAGCUAAGAAAGAAGAAGACAUCAUUACCAUAGAACCACAUUCCAAUUCUCUGACGGUUCAUGAAACAAAACUGAAGGUUGACUUGACAGAGUAUGUUGAGAAACACGGAUUUCUUUUUGAUGCAGUGCUGAGUGAAAAUGUUUCAAAUGAUGAGGUAUAUUCUGAGACCGUGGAACCCAUAGUCCCACUAAUAUUUCAACGAACAAAAGCAACUUGUUUUGCGUAUGGGCAAACUGGGAGCGGAAAGACUUAUACUAUGCAACCACUUCCCCUUAAAGCAUCCCAAGAUAUUCUAAGAUUAAUGCACCAAACACAUCGGAACCAAGGAUUCCAAUUGCAUGUCAGCUUCUUUGAGAUUUAUGGUGGCAAAGUUUUUGAUCUCCUGAAUGAUCGGAAGAAGCUGUGCAUGAGGGAGGAUGGGAAGCAGCAGGUGUGCAUAGUUGGUUUGCAAGAAUACAGAGUUUCACAUGUUGAGACUAUUAGGGAGUUGAUCGAGAGAGGAAAUGCCACAAGAAGCACAGGCACCACUGGUGCAAAUGAGGAAUCGUCCCGUUCACAUGCUAUACUUCAGCUUGCCAUCAAGAGAUCACCUGAUGGCACUGAAUCAAAGCCUGCACGACUUGUUGGAAAGUUGUCUUUCAUUGAUCUUGCUGGAAGUGAGCGGGGGGCUGAUACUACCGAUAAUGAUAAACAAACAAGAAUGGAAGGUGCAGAAAUAAAUAAAAGUUUGCUCGCUUUGAAGGAAUGCAUUAGAGCUCUGGACAAUGACCAGGGUCACAUACCUUUUAGAGGGAGUAAACUGACUGAAGUCCUCAGAGAUUCAUUUGUUGGUGACUCACGCACUGUAAUGAUAUCAUGUAUCUCACCAAGCUCUGGUUCAUGUGAGCAUACUCUCAACACACUGCGAUAUGCUGACAGGGUGAAGAGUCUUUCUAAGGGGAACAGCUCCAGAAGGGAUCCACUAUCUUCAUCAUCGAAUCUUAGAGAAUCAACUAUGUUGCCCUUAUCUUUGGCUUUACCUACUAAAUUAUUAUCCAAUGACAAUGUAACUGAUCUUCCCAAUGAAAAGAACAGGUUUGGGUGGGCCAAACAGAUUGAUCGAGAACCAUCUCCGCCCUCUAAUUUGGAUCGCGUUCCUAGUGGAAGAGCGGAUGGAAAUUUGACUGCAUCUGUACAUUUAGAUUAUUACAAGUCUCAAAAAGGUGGUCAGUAUGACAUUUCUGAAGACGAUUAUGAUUACUCUGAAGUGGCCUAUGAACAAGAGAAAACAUCAAGGAUUAAUAAUAAGAAGUUAGAGACUCACCAAAUGUUAACUUUGGAUGAUAGGCAGAAAACUGAUGCUGUGAAGAAGAGCAGGGAUAAUUCGCCCUUUGAGGCAAACAACUCUCAUUCAGACUACUAUCUUAAUGCCCUGUUGAAGGAAGAAGAAGAUCUUGUGUCUGCUCAUCGUAGACAAGUGGAGGAGACAAUAGACAUAGUUCGGGAGGAAAUGAAUUUGCUAGUUGAAGUGGACCAACCUGGAAAUCAACUAGAUGUUUAUGUCUCUAAAUUAAAUGCCAUACUUUCACAGAAGGCUGCAGGAAUUCUGCAACUGCAAACCCGCUUGGCCCAGUUUCAAAGGCAUCUGAAUGAAUAUAAUGUUUUGGUAUCAUCUUUCAGUAACUGAUUAAUGGAAGCCAUAAAUUAUCGCAAUUUUACUGAUCGGAAGUGGAAUUUGGUGGAAAUUUUGUUAUGAUGAAUAGAUGUCUUUUCUAGUGGAGAUUUUGUUCUCGGUACACGACCAUUUCUCCUUGUCACAGGUAAAAUCUUGGCUUCUGCAGUGGAUAUUUGGAGUGAAUAUUUUUUUCUCUUUUGAUUUACAUUACUGUUACCUCAAGUCAUUUGCUAUCUUGACUUGUGAGCUAGGGUAUUUUAAAACAGAUGGCAUCUCUUUGUCAAAGCUCAGCUGCAAUGUAAUAUUUUUAUUAGGUGAGACAGUUGUUUGGUUCCCAAGAAAAGGGGAAACAAAAAACAGAAUAGACAACACACGCCCUGUUUGUCAAUAAAA